AUGAAAUUGUACCUAGUCACAUAUGACUUAAGGUCGGAUUUCGCGCUGCCCACGUGCGCAUGCGCGGAUGACGGAUCGAUUUUCGGCGCCGCGACGGCGACGUCGUUGACCCACUUGACGGUGCGGUGGCGGAUUGCCGAAAGAGGAGUUGCCGCCUUCGUUAGCGGUUCCGGUUCGCGGAUGGCGCGUGACUCGGCGGACGGCCCCUCGGAGUGUUGUGACCUGGAAGACGGGUUCGAGCGUCUCCUUACAAACACCGAGGGCGGCGUAGAGGUG